GUUCCCGACCCGCCCGCGGAGGAGCACCGCCCACGCGCGGCGCCUUUAAGGCCCCUCCGCUCCGCCCCAGUCACGUGACCUGGCCGUCGCUUGGCAACAGGACGCCGCCGAGUCCUGCUUUUCGACGCGCAAUGGCGGAGGAAAGCCCCAGAGCGUGCGCGGAGCCUGUGGAGCCCAAGGCCACGGCCCCGCCUGAGAGGACCAGCGACUACUACCGCGUAAGCGCGGACCUGCCGGGCAGGUUCAACAACCCAGGGUGGUUCCGGGGCUACAGGACCCAGAAGGCUAUCUCGGUGUACACGACCAGUAACCAGGCUUAUGGGAGCAGAGCCCCCACCGUGCACGAGAUGCCCAAAGUAUUUUAUCCAAAUUCGAAUAAAUUUUCCCAACAACUUGCAGCGGGCGGCAUGUUCCGGAACAACACUCUCAAUGUUUACCUGGAGAAAAGCGUCGUGACUGGCCCUGAUAACUACAUCACCUCCUGUGACCGGCUCAACUUCCACCCCAGUUACAACAUCAACAGGCCAUCCAUCUGCGAUUGAGGGGCUGGAAACCCCCUCUAGGAGUCCUCUGACCCCAGAGGCCUCCUGGAAAAUCAUUGUCCCUCAUCCCCCACAGUCGCCCGAUAGCGACGGCACACACUGUGCCGCCUUCCCUGAAAAUAUUAUUCCGUCUGCGGAGUAGGAAAAUGUGCAAACAGGGCUGUGAAGUCCUGCUAUUUAACGUCUAAUAAGUACAUGGGAAAAGAUGCUCAUGGUUGAUUUUGCAUUAAAAACGUUGUCACAUCCUGA